AUGGUGGAGUUUGUGUUCUCCUUGGCAUACGAAACCCUGAGGGUGCCCAUUUCUGGCCACACUCCGCAAGUCGUGAAGAUGUCACCAGCUGCGAAGGCCGCCCAGAAGCCGGCACCCAGCCCGAACAAUCGCCAAACAAGGUCCAUGAUCAACCCAGUCGAGGAUUUGGAGUACUUCAUCCGCUUGAGAUUUGAGUGGUUGAUGCAGCCAAAGAACACGGAUCAGAACACAGCCAUCGACAAUAAGAAGAUCAAGGACUUGCUCGACGCGAAUCCUAAUGAAGGCCCAUUGAUGGCAUUCAGUGUCCAUAAAGGACGCGCACUCGUUACCGGCGAUGUCUUCGAGAUGGUCUCGGACAACAAGAACGAUCUGCCUCGAUAUGAAGUGUUGAAGCUGUUGGUGCUUCUUGGGCGGAUCCGGAGCAUUGCCGGUGCAGCGGGCCCAAGGGCUGACUCGCCGUCUUCCUCUACAAAUACCAGUGAGGAUGGAAUCGCGAAUGUAGAGAUUGGAAUGAGAGACAUCAACAUCCAGUCCGAUAAAGGGAAAACGCUGGAGAAUGUGCCUGGUGAAGAGGCUGAGAAUGGUGCGAACAAUGGAGAACGACAGCGGUUCUGGAAACGCUGGGUACCCAAUCGGAAGCGAUCUCCUUCGAACUCUCGUGUCUCGCAGCAUACGCCUGCAGCUAGUCCGAAGCAGGGAACCCUUCGGCGGAGAAUGAGCGAGAUUAGCUUGAAGUCACGCGAGCUGCUGGAGAGAUUUGGCCGUGGAAAUGAUGAUGGACAGCAAGCCAGUCGCAAUGAAGCGAUUCGCGAGAUGGCUUCAGGAGCCGUGGAAACUAUCCCGACCAUCGGAGAGAUUUCGCUGGUUGACACCAGCUUGGAGUGGCCAAGCCAAUAUCGCGGAUCUACCCCCGAUCCGGGCUGGCCUACGCCGGGCAUCCCCGUGUAG